AUGUCCGCUGCAAAAAUGCCAAUCGCUUCCCCGUCCAUUCAGAUCUGCAGAAUGAUGCGUCCUGAUGACGCUAACAUUGUUGGUAAUGUUCAUGGUGGUACAAUCCUGAAGAUGAUUGAAGAAGCUGGAUGUAUCAUUGGAACACGCCACUGCAACACCCAAGCGGGGGACCGCUGUGUUGCGGCUCUGGCACGAGUGGAGCGCACUGACUUCCUCCACCCGAUGUUUAUUGGAGAGGUGGCCCACGUCAGUGCGGAGAUCACCUACACCUCCAAACACUCUGUGGAAGUGCAGGUCAAUGUCCUGUCUGAGAACAUCCUCACAGGUGCCAAGAAGCUGACUAACAGAGCAACGCUUUGGUACGUGCCCCUCUCCCUCCAAAAUGUGGCCAAAAUCAUUGAAGUCCCUCCCAUUGAGUAUACCAGCCCUGAGCAAGAGGAGGAAGGAAAGAAAAGAUACGAGGCUCAGAAAAUGGAGAGAUUGGAGACGAAAGAGAGAAAUGGAGAGAUCAUACAUUCUGUGACUGUCCCAGAUAGACAAACUAAAGAGCCCUACUCUGUUGGGUACAGUCAGUCGAGUCUGAUUCACCUGGUUGGGCCAUCAGACUGUACUCUGCAUGGAUUUGUACAUGGAGGAGUGACCAUGAAGCUGAUGGAUGAAGUGGCUGGGAUAGUUGCUGCCCGUCACUGUAAGACCAACAUAGUGACAGCCUCUGUGGAUGCCAUCAACUUUCACCGCAAGAUCAUGAAAGGUUGCGUGAUCACAGUGUCGGGUCGAAUGACCUUCACCAGUAACAAGUCGAUGGAGAUCGAGGUAUUUGUGGAUGCCGAUCCGCUCGUGGAGGCGGAGAAAGGAAAAUAUCGUGCUGUCACGGCCUUCUUCACCUUCAUCUCCCUGGACAAGGACAAUAAACCCGUCCCAGUUCCUCCUCUGAAGCUGGAAAAUGAAGAGGAACAGAAGCGCUUUGAGGAGGGAAAAGCGCGCUACCUUCAGAACAAGGCAAAGAGGCUCGCAGAUAAGGAACGCCAGCCAUGACA